GUGUCGAUUAAAAAUUAUGUGUCAAUCCUGAAUUGGAAACAGCUCAUUACCCUUUUAAAAGAAUUGAUGAAAUAUUCAACACUUUAAAAAAUUCCAAAUAUUUUUGCUAGCUUGACCUUUUUAAAGCAUAUUUAAAUGUAGCUUUGGAUGAUGAUAGCAAGCAGAUUCAAACGACAUCAACUCACAGAGAAUCUAAUGAAAAUACUUGAAAAUCGGGGUCCAAAUGCAACACGAUUUAAAGAAUGUGGUAGUGCAUUAUUUGGAGGAUUUGUUUUGUGGCAUCAAGGGACUGAAAUUUGCGUACAACCAUUAGAAUCAGAUUCUCAUCUUCUUCUUUUUAACGGGGAUAUAUUUAAUAUAAAUAAUAGUGAAUUACGAAAUAUGUCUGAUUCACAAUGGAUUUUUGGAAAACUGUCGAAUGCUAAAGAUGAAUGUGAACUUAUUAGUUAUUUUAAAACUAUUGAAGGACCAUACAGUAUUAUAUUUUAUGAUAAAGCAAAUAAAAUAAUUUACUUUGCACGAGAUUCCCUUGGACGCAAUUCUCUUCUUAUUGAAAAAAAUUAUGAACAUUUUCGUUUGCUCAGCACAUCUUUUAACACUAAUAUGGAAAAUAACACCAUGGAACUUCCACCGCUGGGAAUUUACAAAAUAAAUAUUGAAGAUCUUCAAAACUGCUGUCUAUUUCCUUGGCGAAUCCCAGAUGAGAACUGGCACGCUCAAAUAGAACGAUUAGAAAAAUCCUGUGAUAUAGUAAUAAAAAUUAGAAAUCAUAUUGAAUGUCAGUGGUUAUCUAAUGAAUUAAAAGAUAAAAAGUAUAAUUUUAACUUUUAUGAUCUGGCAAAUAGUGAAACAUAUUCAACAACGUCAGAACUGUAUGAUUUCUUUUUAAAGAAUACGGAUCUGUUAAAUGCAAUACAUCAGUUUUCGGUACUUAUAGAGGAAUCAGUAAAAAAACGAGUACAAUAUACCGCAUCAUGUUGCGCUUCAUGUUUAGGAAAUUUAAACUCAUGUAAUCAUUCAAAGAUUGCAAUUUUAUUUUCUGGUGGCAUUGAUUGUUCCAUUUUAGCUGUGUUGUGUGACAAAUUUAUUCCUAAAACAGAUUCAAUUGACUUGGUUAAUGUGGCGUUCGAAAGUACGAGAACCGAUAGUAACUGGGAUGUUCCAGAUAGAAUUUCUGGCAAAUCGUCGUUUAAGAAUUUAAAAGAUAUAUGUCCCGAUAGGAAAUGGAACUUUAUCGAAGUAAAUGUCAGCAAGAAGGAGUUGCAUCACUACUUAAGUGUUCAUAUAAAACAUCUUAUUUAUCCACUCAAUACUGUACUCGACGAAUCAAUUGGUUGUGCAUUCUGGUUUGCAUCACGGGCUAUGGGUUUAAAAGAUGAUAGUAAAUGGAAAUCAUCCGCUCGUGUUGUGAUAUUAGGAAGUGGGGCCGACGAGUUAUUUGGUGGUUAUGUAAGACAUAAAAAUGCUUACAUUCGUCAUAAUGGGACAGAAGAGGAAAAACAAUUGAACUUUCUUAAUGAAUUAGAAAAAGAUUGGAAUAGAAUUCCAUCUCGUAAUUUAGCAAGAGAUGAUCGUGUAAUAUCUGAUAAUGGAAAAACGCCAAGAGCACCUUUUAUUGAAGAACAUGUUGUAAAUUUUGUCCGUUCUUUAAGUCCAAACCAAAGAUGUUGCUUUUUAUUGGAGGAUGGAAUUGGCGAUAAAUUAUUUUUAAGACUGUAUGGGUAUUAUGUUGGCUUAAAGAGUUCGGCAUUUUUGAAAAAGAGAGCAAUACAAUUUGGUUCCAGGAUUGCCAAUAAAAAACAAAAUGCUGCAGAUCGUUCAAGUUAUAUGUAAUUCGUCAGGCAUUUUUAAAAAAAACUUACACAAUCAUUAUGAUGUUAUAU